AAUCCACAAUCCUGUAAUAGCCCUCUGAAUUUAAUUAAAAAUGGUUCAUAUGAUUUGUUGCACUUCUGUACAAUAUUCUGUGACUGAAGCACACUGUCCUGGUUUCGGUUAAAUUGGCCAUUGACACAGAGUGUGUGUUGGAAGGCAUCUGGACACCGCAUGGUGAAUUUUAUUUAAUGUUUAUAGGCAGGGGUGGUACUACUGUAAGCUUGUUAAGUUGUUUGUGAGAAUAUGUCUAUAAACAAUUACUCUAUAAACUGAUACACUAUAUAGCCUAUAUGAUAUAUGGACACCUGACCAUCACACCCACAUGUGCUUGUUGAGCAUACCAUUCCAAAACUAUGCUCAUUUGUAUGGAGUUGGUCCAUCCUUUGCAGCUUCAGGGAAGACUUUCCACUAUAUUUUUGAAGGUGGCCAUGUGGCUAUAUCCAUUCAGCUACAAGAGCAUUAGUGAGAUCAGUCACUGAUGUCGGGUGAGGAGGCCUGGGGUGCAGUCAGAGUUCCAGUUCAUCUGAAAGGUGUUCAGUAAGGUUGAAGUCAGGUCUCUGAGCAGGCCACUAGAAUUCUUCCACUCCAACUUUGGUAAAUGACAUCUUUAUGGACCUCACUUAAUGCACACGGCCAUUAAUAUGCGGGAACAGGUUCAGGCUUCUUACUUCCAGUGAAGGGAAAUCGUAAUUCUACAAUAUACAAAGACAUUCUAGACAAUUGUGUGUAAUCCAAUUUUGUGGCAACAGUUUGGGUGUGAUGGUCAGGUGUACACACUUUUGGCCAUAUUUAAAAGCAUAUUUCUUUUGUGAUUUUGGGCUAUUUUGUAUUGAAAUAGUAUGGUGGAAAUAUGGUUUGGUAGAAACAUGUAUUUGCACUUUGUUUAUGAUUGCAUGCUUACUGAUCAAUUUCCACUUAUCACUUUUGUUUCUUAUCAAAUGAUUUGUUAUGUAACUAGUGUGAACAAAGUCUCGGUGCUCCUCCAAAGCGGUUGGUCAUGGCAUGGCAGCACUUAAGUCAGCAUAUCAGCUGGACCCAUGAACAAAGCCCUUAACACUAAUCCUAAAUUUUCUGUUCAUACAACAAAUUUACCCACUUCCCAAUUUAUGCACUUCACAAUUUGGCAGGUUAUUGGGAAGUACAGAUGUAAGUAUUGAAUGUAAAACAGGAGGCAAUUUGAGCUAGGCUUUAAAGCUGUAGCUCAGGUUUUUACUUUUUAAGUGUUUCUCAGUACUAUAAAGUAUGAAAUAGGUUUUGUUAAUGUCAAUCUGAUUUCUUUGAGUUGAUGUGUUCUGCAUUACAAUUAAGAAAUACAAAUAUUUCUGUUGUAAAAACUGCAGAAAGUAUAUUAAAAAGGAAAGACCAACUCUUUCUACAGCAAUGCAAGCUAAGUGCACCUGAAAUUGACAUUACCUUCUAGAACUUAAAAAAAGUACCUUAUUGACUAGAUUUAUAUUUAUUUUCCUGUGGUUCUUUACUUUAAAGCAGGGUUUCCCAAACAUUUUCAUAACCCUUUAACCUAAAUUAUUUGCCUUUAGUACACCUUGAGUAUUUAAGUAGGCUUGUUUGUGAAAGUUUGUAAUCAAUGCCAAAAAUGUUAAGUAGUGCAUGCUACUUUUCAUAAUAUGUUUGCAGGUUUUUAUUAUUACAAUAAAAAAAGUAAUGAUUAUUUUUUAAAUUUAAUAUAAUGUAGCAUUGACAGUUCUAUCACAUUAUUAUGAACCUCAUACAAUGCCACCAUAACCCCCGAAUUGGGAAACCCUGUUUUAAAUUAAAACUGAUUUUAAAAUCUUUUAUCCCUCCAUUUGCAAUGCCUAACGUCCAACUAUUUCGAUCAUACUGUGUUAAGCUGCUUAACUAAUAAUGGAUCUCCAUCAUCUGUAACUAAUAGCACAACUGGAAAUGGAUUUCAGUGAAAAAUAUCAAAGUAUUGAGAGAAUGAACAUUUUUUUUGGUGAUACUUUGUAACAUAUAUUUUUUUUAUACCUUUAUAUAACUUACUAAGCCCAGAUACAUGAGCGUUAUCAUUCAAAUUGCCUAAUUAAAAUUGGGACGUAAUAAAAUGUGAUUUAUCUAAGUUCAUAGUCUACCUGCUGUUAUCAAUGCAGUAAACCACACAGAUAACCUACCCCCAAGAUUGUUAAGUGUGUAUAAAGAUCUUUGACAGGAUUUAUUUUUUAAACCAUUCUCUGGUGAAGAAGAAGGACUUCACCAUGAAAAUAACCAUGAAGGGGAGUUUUCUCUUUCUUUUUCUGUUGACUUUCUAUUGGACUUGUAGUCAUGGAGAACAGUUGCAAGAAUUCAUGAUUUUAGCAGGCCCUUUAACCAACCAUUUUAUAAAGGAAUUGGAAAGAAACCCUUUGGCCAGCCAGAUUUUGUCAUCAGGAGCUUCAGGUCCAGAUGAUAUCUUUGACUGCAGAGAUCAUCUCCCAACACAGUCCGGAGACUACUUUCAGUACCUGCAGGACAGAGGGGUGACACAUUAUAAAGUUCCCCUGUCCUGGUUAAACAUCCUCCCUACAGGUGAUCCCAGCCAACCCCAUGAAGACACAGUGACCUGCUACAGGACCUUUCUUAAGCUACUGACUCAGUCAGGCAUCCAACCUGUGAUUGAGAUCCACCGUUCUGCACUCCCUGAAGGCCUUAAGAUCGGAUAUGGAGGCUGGGAGAACCCAGAUGUAGGGCGACUCUUUAAGAGCUAUGCAGAUUUUGUUUUUACUAAGUUUGCAGAUCUGACUGAGUCUUACAUAACGUUUAGUCAUGUACAUGAGCUCAAAGACAUAGUGCAAAUUCAACAUGCUCUCCAUGUUCAUUCAGAUGUGUAUACACUGUACCAUAAUAUAUUUAAAGGAUAUGUCUCCCUUGGAAUGAGAGAGAGUGAUGUCAGCAGUCUUUACCAAAUAGCUCCUAUGGACAUGAAAAAUAUAGACUUCUUGUCUGUGCACAUGGAAUAUAACUGCAAAACCACAGCAAGUCUGAGAGAACCCAUAAAGCGUAUGCAGGAAACCAUUGGUCAACAGAACAUUCUCAUGUAUCAGAUGAACAUAAAGAAAUGUCCUGACAGCAUUCUUCAACCUCUCAGUAGUGUUAUUGAAGUUUUAAAACACCCAGAGUUUCACAUUGUCGGGUGCGAUAUUACUGACCUGUUUGGAGAGCACGAUGGGAGACAUGCAAGUUUGCAAAGUGAUGACCAAAAGGCUGACAGCAAGGAGAGAAGUAAAUCUGCAUUUUCUUACCAAAAGGUGUGGGAGAAAUUCAAAACUCAGAGUACAUCUGAGAGGGAUCUUUUCCUGAAUGAAUCAUUCCCAAAUGGAUUUCAAUGGGCAAUCUCCACUGAGUCAUUCAAGGUAGAAGGUGGCUGGUCUGAAGAUGGAAAAGGGGAGACUGUCUGGGACCGUUUUGGACAUGAUGGUCACGUCUUUGAUAACCAGACUGCUGAUCUUGCAUGUGACAGCUAUCACAAGGUGGACUACGAUGUGUACCUGCUUAGGGGCAUGCUCUCUUCUAAUUAUCAGUUCUCUAUUUCUUGGGCCCGAAUUUUCCCCACAGGUCAAAAAGAAAGCUUGCUUGAAAAAGGAGCUUUGUACUAUGACAAGUUGAUUGACACACUGCUUCAUUCAGGUAUAGAGCCUACAGUCACCUUACAUCACUGGGACCUGCCGCAAGCCCUGCAGGACCAUGGAGGCUGGACCAAUGAGUCAAUUGUGGUGGCAUUCAAAGACUUUGCUGAUUUCUGCUUCUCCAGAUAUGGGGACAGAGUGAAGACCUGGAACACCUUCAGCAGUCCCUGGAUAGUUAGCAACUCUGGGUAUGGCACAGGUGAACAUCCUCCAUCUAUCAAAGACCCAACUGUCGCUUCUUACCAGGUGACACACAACAUGAUCAAAUCUCAUGCAGAGGCCUGGCAUGUCUACAAUGAUAAAUAUCGGAUGAAGCAAGGUGGAAAAGUGGGCAUUGCUCUCAACUCAGACUGGGCCGAACCAAAAAAUUCUGCCAGUGUUCAGGAUGUAGAGGCUGCAGAGCGCUACCUGAACUUCAUGCUGGGAUGGUUUGCUCACCCCAUCUUUGUAGACGGAGACUAUCCAGCCUUGCUGAGGAAUCAGAUUGAUAAGAAGAAAGCUGAAUGUGGUAAGGAGGUGGCCAGGCUUCCUGUCUUUACAGGAGCUGAGAAAGAGAGGAUCAGAGGUACAGCUGAUUUUUUGGGGCUAAAUCACCACACUUCCCGCCUUGUCAGUGACAGCAGAGGCAGUUGUAUCCCUGGACCAGAUAGCGUUGGGGACUUUCAGACUCAUAUUGACCUGAAUUGGCCCACCACAGCAUCAAGCAAUAUUCAGUCGGUGCCUUGGGGUCUUCGCCGUUUACUGAACUAUAUUGCUACAGAAUACAUAUCAGUCACCAACGUACCCAUUUACAUCACUGGAAAUGGAAUGCCAACUGAGUACAACAGGGAUUUGCUCAAUGACACACAGCGUAUAGACUUUCUUAAGGCAUACAUCAAUGAGGCCUUGAAAGCUAUCCACUUUGACAGUGUUGUGGUGCAGAGGUUCACUGUACAAUCCCUAAUAGAUGGAUUUGAGGGUCCUCAAGGCUAUAGCCAACGAUUUGGUCUCCAUUUUGUAAACUUUGAGGAUCCCAAUAGACCCAGAACCCCAAAAGCUUCAGCUUACUACUUAUCCCAGGUGAUUAAAAGAAAUGGUUUUAUUGAAAUUAGGGAAAAGUCUUUUAGACAAAUCACUGGUAAAGGAACUGAAAGUUCACAGCGCCCUAGCCUGCCACCAUCUGAAGUUCCUUCAAAAGCAAAAGUUGUUUGGGAGAAAUUCUCACAUCAAUCCAGGUUUCAGAAGAAGCUUUAUCACUAUGGGACAUUUCCAGAAGGAUUCCAAUGGGGUGUUUCAUCCUCCGCGUAUCAAAUUGAAGGUGGCUGGAAUGCUGACUGGAAGGGACCUAGUGUGUGGGACAAUUUCACCCAUAAACCUAAUAACAUUCAAAACAAUGACAAUGGUGAUGUGGCUUGUGACAGUUAUAAUAAAAUAGAGGAAGAUCUGUACAUGUUGAGAGCCCUGAAAACAAAGGCUUAUAGGUUCUCUUUAUCCUGGCCUAGGAUAUUUCCCAGUGGUUAUAGAGAUUCCCUAAACAAGAAGGGAGUUGACUAUUACAACCAACUUAUAAAUGGUCUAAUUGCAAAUAAUAUCACACCGAUGGUAACACUCCACCACUGGGAUCUUCCACAAGCUCUUCAAGACAUCAAUGGCUGGGACAAUGUCACUAUGAUUGACAUAUUCAAUGACUAUUGUGACUUCUGUUAUGAAACAUUUGGAGACAGAGUGAAGUUUUGGAUGACCUUCAACCAACCCCAUACAAUUGCCUGGGUAGGAUAUGGAUUGGGAAUUUUUCCCCCCAGUAUCAAGCAACCGGCAGAUGCCCCUUAUAGGAUAGCACAUAACCUUUUAAAGGCUCAUGCUAGAGCAUACCACACAUAUGAUGUGAAAUACAGGAAAACACAACAUGGUUUGGUUUCCAUUAGUCUGAAUGCUGACUGGAUUGAACCUCUAAAUGUAAAUGUACCUCGAGAGGUGAUGGCUGCUGACCGAGCUCUCCAGUUCCAGCUCGGUUGGUUUGCACAUCCCAUCUUCAAAAAUGGAGACUAUCCUGAUGCCAUGAAAUGGCAGGUGGGUAACAGGAGUGAGAUUCAAGGCUUAUCUGAAUCCAGGUUGCCAUCUUUUACUGAGCAAGAGAAAGCUUAUAUCCAAGGCACUGCUGAUGUCUUCUGCAUUAACGCCUACACUUCCAGAAUGGCACGUCAUGUGACUUCUAGGCUUUCCCCUAAGUCCUAUGAAUAUGAUCAGGACCUUGCUAUAGAAGAUGUGUCAGACUCUCAAGCCACUGCAAUGAAAGAGUUGAAAGCAGCAUCAUGGGGACUGAGAAGACUUCUAAAUUGGAUAAAGGAAGAGUAUGGGGACCCAGAAAUUUACAUAACAGAGAAUGGAGUGGCUACAGACACUGCUACAACAGUUGAUGACACAGAUAGAAUAUUUUUCCUCAAGACCUACAUUGAUGAGGCUCUUAAAGCACACAACUUGGAUGGAGUGCGACUUAAGGGUUAUAUAGCUUGGUCUCUAAUGGACGCUUUUGAGUGGCUUAAUGGUUACACUGUUGGCUUUGGACUUCACCAUGUGGAUUUUAAACACCCAGAUAGGCCAAGAACUCCAAAACGCAGUGCUCAUUAUUAUUAUCAAGUAAUAAGAGACAAUGGUUUUCCACUACCAAAUGAGGAAAAACCACUGUAUGGCCAUUUCCGUCAAGGAUUUGCAUGGAGUGUGGCUACUGCAUCUUAUCAGAUUGAGGGAGGCUGGAGAGCAGAUGGAAAAGGUUUGAGUAUCUGGGACACUUUUGCACACACACCUCUUAGGGUGGGAAAUGAUGACAGUGGGGACAUUGCCUGUGAUAGCUACAAUAAAAUCACUGAGGAUGUCGAAGCACUUAAAAGACUCAAGGUCAACCACUACCGUUUCUCCAUAUCAUGGCCAAGAAUUCUGCCUGAUGGAACUACUGGAAAAAUUAAUGAAGCAGGAUUGGAUUAUUACCACCGACUGGUGGAUGCACUUUUGUCAGUCAACAUAAAGCCUCAGGUCACAUUGUAUCACUGGGACCUCCCUCAAGCUUUGCAGGAUGUUGGAGGGUGGGAGAAUGAUACCAUCGUUAAAAGGUUCAGGGACUAUGCCGAUGUUGUCUAUAGUAGUUUAGGAGACAAAGUAACAUUUUGGAUCACAAUUAAUGAGCCCUAUAAUGUUGCAAAUAUCGGACAUGGUUAUGGCACUGCUGCACCAGGUAUAACUUUUCGACCUGGUACAGCACCUUAUAUAGUGGCUCACAACCUCCUUAAGGCCCAUGCUGAGGCUUGGCAUCUGUACAAUGACAAGUACAGAGCCAAACAAGGAGGCAUCGUUGGUAUCACCAUCAACUCAGACUGGGCAGAGCCUAGAAACCCAUACAAACAAGAGGAUUAUGAUGCCGCCAUGCGUGUUGUGGAGUUCCAGAUUGGCUGGUUUGCUCAUCCUGUAUUUAAUGGCGAUUAUAAUGACGUGAUGAAGAAUAGAAUUCGAGAGAGAAGUUUGGCUGCUGGACUGUCUAAAUCACGCCUUCCAGAAUUUACCCCAGAAGAGGUGAAAAGGAUAAAAGGCACCUAUGACUAUUUUGGGUUCAAUCAUUACACCACUGUGCUGGCUUUUAACCUGGAUUACAAGAACCUUCAACACUAUGAUGCAGACAGGGGGGUGGGAACUAUCCAUGACCGUUCAUGGCUGGAUUCUGGAUCAUCCUGGUUGAAAGUGACCCCAUCUGGAUUCAGAACAAUUUUGAACUUCAUCAAGGAACAGUAUGGAAACCCUCCUAUUUACAUUACUGAGAAUGGCAUUUCUGAAAGAGGAGACAUGGACCUGAAUGAUGUUCACCGAAUCCACUACUAUGAAAACUACAUAAACCAGGCUCUGAAAGCUUAUUUGUUGGAUGGAGUAGAUAUUCGUGGCUAUACAGCCUGGACUUUAAUGGACAAUCUGGAGUGGGCCACUGGUUUUGCUGAGAAAUUUGGUUUAUUUUAUGUAAAUCGCUCAGACGCAUCCUUGCCACGUAUAGCCAAGAAGUCUGUCACACACUAUGCCACCAUUAUCAAUUGCAAUGGCUUCCCAGAUCCUUCAGAGGGACCACAUGAAUGUCAAAAUCUUGGACCUGAAGCAGGAACAAGCCCACCCCCCACACUUUCCUCCUCUCCACAUCAGGUCAUGAGUGUGAAAUUUCUUGGUUUAGAAGUAUCUCCUUCAGAUGCUCAGGUGGUCCUGUAUGUCCUUCUCAGUCUCGUUCUCGUAGGUGUGGUCAGUGCUGCUCUCAUAACCUACCGAUUCAUUAAGUCAAAAAAACAACCAAAAGACUCCAUGCUGGAACACAUAAGCCUUGAGAACAAAUUUUGAUAAAACUGUACUGUUUUUCUUGGGUUGUUUCCAUGGUAACUUUGGUUCAAUUUCUGAGUCUAGUAAAGAUAGUUUAUAAACGUGUAUGUCCCAGAAAAAUGCAUUGUUAGGAUUUUUCUUGCCAAGUGAUUGUUUUAUUUCUUUAUAUUAGUAUUUAUUCUUUGCUUUUAUUUGUAAUGUGCCUUAGUGAUACAAACUUAUUUGCUUACACAUAAUAAAAGCCUUUUUUUUUUUUUUGAAAACUC